UCUAAACCAAUUCACCCUUGUGGGAUGUAAUAAACAUUCCCCAAACCCAGAUCAAACCAGUUUAAACUGGAAUAUUAUUUUUUCUACCUUAAGAUAUAAAUCGCGUUUCAAAGCACUCGUAAUGGCGAUAAGUUCCCCAAAACGAAUAAAACAAGCCAAACCCUUUUUAUUUGCGCUUAAGAGUGUCGCUAUUGUGCGUUCGUCUAUUCAAUCCUUCAGUAAAUAUAACCGAGUCUCGUCCAUCAUCGAUACUUUAUCCGCCUCAUUGACUAUACCAGAAAUCUAUCGCUGGGCGUAACAUUAAACAUGAAGCGUCUGAGUUAAGUGGUGAAAUAUUCGCAUUAGUUGGGGGUUAGUUUUAUGAAACUUAGACACAGGAAUUUCUGUAUAAAAUUAUUUAUUUUCAAUAUUUCCAAGGAGCUACGUAAUGCAACAACAGCAGGCGUUACUGCCCCCGGUCAUGAACACAAAAGAAUCGAAUAUACAAGUAAAAAAAGAGUGCAUUUUAUUCUCACAGUCUGUUAUGAACGGUUGGACUCCGGCUUCAGGUGCUCCCCAAGCUCAGAUGUCUCAAGCUAAUAACGACGGCCCUGAGCCGAGAAUUCUCUCAAAGAAAAGGCGAGAUCUGAUCAACGCAGAAAUUCGGGAACUGCAAAACUUACUCCCGUUGAAAAAGAGCUCCCGGGAAAGACUUUCGUAUCUUGGAAUUCUUGCUUUGACAAACACAUUCAUCAGAAAAGCAACAUUUUUUAAGAAAGAGUGCAUUGGCAGCGGCGGUAAUCCCAGUGCAGGCCUUGUAAGCGACUUCGCUAAUUCUCUCUCCGGAUUUUUGCUUGUUUUCAACCGCGAAGGAAAGAUUUUAUUUUCGUCUGACAACAUCCUUGACUAUUUGGGACAUACCGUGGUCGAACUUGCCAGUCAAGGUGACAGUAUUUAUGACAUCAUAGAUAAAGAAGACCAUGAAAUGAUCAGAUCCCAACUUGAAAUGCAACCGCAGUCUGAGAACGGUGAGCCAAGAAGAUUAUCAUUCUUUUGCCGAAUGUCGACUUCUCGAUACAUGAAGACACAAAUGCGAUCGUGGAAAAAUAAGAUCGUUCAUGUCGUCGGCAAAUACCACAAACCAGAAAUGAGCAAUGAUUGGUCGGAUACCGCCUUCUUCGCGGUUUGUGAACCAAUAGAAUCAAAGCCAGUUACUGACGUCAGACACCACCCAACACCCCGUCCCACAGAAUUCAAAGCAGUACAUUCUCCCGACAUGAAAUUCUUGGAAGUGCCAAACCAUGCAGCUACACUCCUUGGUUAUGAACCAGACGAACUGGUCAAUACCAGUUGGUACCAGUGGAUCUUUCCAGAAGAUUUAAACCAAGCCCGUCAGCAACACAUGAAAUUUGUUAAAGAAGACGGCUCAGCUUUUGCUUGCGUCAUCAGAAUGAUACACAAAAAUGGCGAACUCGUGUGGGUAGAUGUCACGGCUGAAAAAUCUCAAGAAGCAAUUUCGAAUUCAUUCGUUUGCAAUUACAUUGUCAUUGAGGAAGACGAAGUCCCAUAUUAUCGCCUCCAUCACAAUCUCCUCCCAUUCCCGGAUCACUACAGCGACGUCAAGCGGCACUACUUGGCAGCGAAUUCAAGUCUCCUAGCAACAGCUCUCAAUAGUGACGUUGGCAUGGCGUCUCCAAGCUCAAUGGGGUCCCCUACCGGUCGCCACCCACAAAGCCCAGGUGCUGGUAUGUCUCAUAUGCUUAUGGCAUCCCAAUUCGCUGACAACAUGGACACGAAAUCCUUACUUCGAAGACAAUUGAAAAGAAAACUUGGCGUUUCCAUGGAUAGUUCUCUAACUCCAACCGCGCUUAGUCCAGGCUCUUACGCAACAGGAAUGGAAAUUUUCAAUCUUCCCCCUCCAAAUAAAAUGAUGAUGAGGCGCCACACAGCUGGAGAUCUCUUAUACCAGGCAGCAGGCCAGGGGAUGUACCAUGGUGGAAUCCACCCUUCAGCAUACCAUGAAACCAUCCAUCACCCAAUGUACAUGCCGCCUCCUCCGUUGUUGAACGACACGAGUGCGCUGAUACAUCCCGAGCAUCAUUACAGAGGGGAAUACACCACAAUUGCUCAAAGACCAAUUGAUCUGCCCAUGCACACAGAAGCGUAUUCGUCGUCUUCUCCUCGCACAUUGGAAUCCCCAAUGCUUCGUCAAUCAAACCAAAACAAUAACGUUGCUAUGUACCAACCUAAUAUUCAAGAAUUCAAACAAUCCCCGCCUCCUCUCAGGACGAACGAAAGGUUUCCAACCCAAGGCAGUCCAUCCCACUCUCCUGUAUACAUCAACAAUGAGCCACCACGGUUGAACCACGCCCAUUCCCCACCCCUCCCAGUCAUCACCUCACCAAUGAGCUCGCCUCAAAAGUGUGACGUCAUGAAUCAUUCUCCAGAGGACAGUUUUUAUUGUGACGUGAACAACAUAAUCGAUUGCUCCGGUGCACCGAUGACGUCAGCAAACACGUAUGCUUUGACGUCACCAGCAUCAUCUCAUGGAAAUUUUUCUCCAGCUCAUUCUGGCUACGCUAGUUCAACAAACGAGUGUAUGACGUCUUCAGCAAAUGGUCCAAUCGAUACGGACUUGAGAAAUUUGAUUACAUCUUACGAGAAUCAACUCGACGAUACUCAGUUUACUUCCCCUCAACAUUACUCGAACAACGCGUCGCCGCAGCUCUACCAACACCAAUCUAUAUGUUCCCCUCCACAGUCGAAAUACUCGAGAAAAUCCUUCCAAAUUGAUUCCAGAUCUCCUCUACAAGAGAUCAACACAUCUUGCACUUUGGAAUCCAAGCCCUAUCAACUACAAUACUCAAUCACUCCUCAUCCGCCCCGCAGUGUCUUCAGCGGCAGAAAUCAAAGACGAUUCGCCAACGGUGAACGCAGCGUGGAUUGGAUGAAAAAAUAUAGCCAUAUGACACCUAUGGAAAUGCUUCUUUCUGAUUCGGAAAGUAACUCGUCAUACUACGGGUGAACUCCGAGGCGCCCGCCUUCCUCAUCAAAGCUUCCGGUUAUGACGUCAUCGUGACGUCAUUGAAGACUGUAGAAGUGGAGAGUCGGUCGGCGGCAUCGCUCUAUUUGUCAGAAUCGUAACCUAAAUGUUUGGGUUACGCCUUAAGUUUUCCUAUAAUAGGAAAUUAACGUGUCGAACUUUUAAGUAUGUUUUUUGCUUUUUUCGCUAUGUUUACUAACUAACAAAAAUGUCUACUAAUCUUUAUUUGGUGAUUGUCAAGUUUUAAGUGUAACCUCUGUGGGGUAACUUAGUGGGUCUAGUAUGGAUCUGCUUCAUUACCCCAUGGGGGUUCAUAAUCAUUUAAUGGCGCGUUGUCUGGUACAGUAUGUAUACAGGCAGCGCUUUUCCGUGUCAAAAAUUAUCGAAACGCUGAAAACACGCAAAUAUAUACAGAUGUAUAUUUGUGUUUUUUUCAAUAUGUGUCUGAUAAUUUUUGACUAUGGAUAUGUAGUUACGUGCAUAUGGCAAAAGGCGAUACUAUCCAAAUUAAGUAAAUUUUAACAGCUGGAGAAUACCGACAUCAACCGAACAUAGCGACAAAUAGCGGCGACAUAGCGACAAAUACAGUUCUCAUGCUUACUUUUAACAUCAAAGACACGGGCAUUGUUCUGACAUAAUACGAAGCGAGAAAAGCAUUGUUUGGUAACAUUGAACGAAUGCGGCGAAAAUAUGACCCACUGUAGUGCAAAUACGGCGAAAGGCGCGAUUUUUUUUUUUCGAAAAAUGUGAAAUACUAAGAGUUUUGCGUUUUCUGUAAACUAGAUUACAUUUUCUGCGCUAGUAAGAAAAAUAAUAAUGUUGGAAUGGAAAAAUACAGCUUUGUGGAGCGCGUAUAGCAGAUCGGUAUUGGUGCGGGAUUUUGUUUUUCAUUUAUUUAAUUUCCUAUUAUUUUUUUAAGUUGACUUGUUUACCAGUCAAAAAUUACACGGAUAACCUCAAGUUUAGUUCGCGGACCAAAAAUUUUCUAUUCCAGCUAAAAUCUAAAUUUUCAAGCAUAAUCAUACGAUUAGUUCUCUUUAUUCGGCUACAAAUUAUCUCUGUGCCAUACCCAAUAAAGCGUAGGGUACUGGGAAUUUUUUAGUCAAAUUACACGAUCGAGAAAUUCGCCUAAGGCGGCGAUGCCUCAAAAAACGUGACUGGAAAUGGACCGAAAUAAGAUAAUUCAGCGAUAAUGAUUCUCUAAUCGUACCUGACAGUACCGAUCACGCGGAGAGAGCGUGAUAGCUAACGUCAUAAUAGAAAACUGAAAAGGCGCGGGAACAAUAGCGCGGUGUGCUGUGCUCGGAGCAUGAUUUUUUGUUUCUUUUUUAAGUUAUUAUUUCUCUCCUUUUUAUUUUAUCUCUCAUUUUUUGUUAAUUUUAUUUCAUUUCGGCUUGAAAAACAUUUCGUGGAAAUACCUCACCUGAAAUUAACCCUGUCAACGCCAAUGACGUAAAUCAACAGAGGCUAAAUAUCAUCCAAACAUCAUAAAUCAUAAAGGGUUAAUUUCAUAUUCAAAAUGAAAGAUAGUACAAUUUAUUCGAUGAUGGAUAACAUAUUAGUCAACUUUAUUACCAAAUAUUACCCUGGAAUAUUUAUUAUUAGGUCACAAUGAUUUUCAUCACGCCCCCCGCAGAUAUCCAAUAUUGACAGUAGACUAAACUGUUGAUAUUAAUCGUCUUUCAACAAAACCAAGUAAGAAAGAGGAUUAACUUUUCAAAAGCACACAAACCAGCGAUGUUAACUUUAACCCGUUUCCUUCCGAAUAACCUAAUCCCUCAUCGAAAUAACUAGUUUGGUCAUAAAGAGUUAAGUAUUUUUUGCUAAGUCAUGUUAUAGUAACCUUUUCACUCAAUACUUAAUCUCGAAGUUCUCUUUUAUCGAAAUUAUGCCCUUAAAAAACGCGACCCUUUGCAACAAAAUCUGAAAUCGCUACUUAUCGACCGGAAAGGAAUGCUAUAACAAGUAGAUCCUUUAACCUGCACAGUCAACCACACACGUCGUGUAUGUAGAAACAGAAUCUAUUUGUCGGCUCGCGUUAUUUUGGUUGAUGAAACGGUGCUUUAACCCGACAAAGGUAAGUUUGCCGGUUAUCCGGCACCUCGGUAUUGGACUCCAAUGUUUAUCCGGAUUAUUAUUUUGAUUUCACAGUCUUGCCUCUCAUCAUAUGCACGUAUCUUCUUCAUUUUAUUAUUUUUAUUUUAUUUUUUCUGUUCUUUAUUUAUUAUUUUCUGGGUCUUGGUAAUAAGUCCGCAGAGCACGGCUUGGUAAUAAGUCUCUGAAGAUGAUCGCAAUACAAUUACCGACAGCGAUGUUGCAAAAUUGUUUGUGUUUUUAAUAAGAGUUGUCAUUCAGUCAAAAUAUGAUUUUGAAAAUUGCAUGCAUUAUGUGUGACGAGCUCCAUCUAGCGGAUGUUCCAACUGUGGUGCAUUCAUGGCAAAGCAUAUUUUGACUUCAUUUUAUCUCAGUUUGUACAUUCUUUCAAUCGUAUUAAGCGAGACGGCACUAUUAUAUUGCGCUUAUGGACAUGUAAAAUACACAGUGUCAACGGUUCGUUAUAUAUAGAAACAUAUAUACACAAUAAUAUCAAAUCGUGGUGUAAAAAUAUCAUUUUGAAUGUAUAUAAUAAUUUAUCCAGCACUUUUUACUUUCUAUAUUUAUCUUGUUAUUAUCAUUAUUAUUAAUUAUAUGUAUAUUUCGACUAUAUCGUGAUUCUAAUGGUAUUUGUGCUUGUUUAUUGGUGAAAUAUAAUAUUAAAUAAUA